CUAGUAUCAUUAUAAGCACAUGGUAAAAAUGCAAAGUUCAAGAAGGAUGAUUUAUCCCCAGAACAUAGAAAAAUUAAAAAACAUAUAAUUAAUCAAGUAAUUAAUAACACUACAACAGAAAAGGCAGCUGAUAAUCCCGCCAGCGCCAGAGUUAUAUCCGUGUCUCAGUCUAUUGCCUGCUUCUCCUUGAGAUUAUUAGCGAAAACUGAGAUUAAGCAGAGACAUUAAAAACCUGGGCUGAACUUAUUGGCUUACAGUUUUUACUCUCUAACAGUGGUUUUGUUUCAUUCAUUAAUUGCUUCAGGUGGGUUCGAUUGGCAUUUUUAGUUGUAAUUUUAAAGAGAGAAAGGAAAAUCCAUGUGAGGGGGAGAGAUGGUGAAAUUGAGUAUUCAAAAAAAUGGGAAGGUGUUGUGUUUGGGAGCUGUCGCAGGGGGAGACGUCGACGAGCGGCAGCUCGACAACUCAUAUAAACCCCAGAGCAGAGACCAAAAACCCUUUCCCCAUGCAAAAGCAAAAGCAAAAGCAAAGAGUUCCCCCCCCCCCCCCCGCCAAAUCUCUUUCCUUUUGUUCUUCCACACGUCCCUUUAAGACGUGGCCUUGCGUCCUCUUGUUUCGGUUUUUCUUUUAAAAGACCUUUUCUCUCUGUUAGUUUUUGCUGGUUCAUUCAUUCAAUUUUUGGUUGUUGUUGAAUCAGACGACCCGAAUUUACCCGAAGGCAAAAGAAGAGCUUUACUCCCUGUCUAGUUUCAUCUCUUUUCAAUCAAAUCGCCUCCUUUUAAUCUUCAAGAUGGAAACCAAAUUGCACCCUUUUGACUCAGUAGAGGAUAAUGAAUUGCCUUCCGGGAAAUUAAAAGAUUUGCCUCGUGGGAUUAUGCACACUCGCUCAGAUUUGGAACUAAGGCCUCAAUGGAGAAAGAGUUUACGGUCAGCGGUUAAGGUUAACACAAAUAAGAACUUGCUGGCAAUGCCAGUUGGUAUUAAACAAAAAGAACAUGUUGAUGAUGUUGUGAAAAAGUUUCGUACAGAGAAUUUUACCAUUGUUUUAUUCCAUUACGAUGGAAAAGUGGAUGGAUGGUGGGAUCUUGAUUGGUGUGACAAAGCCAUUCACAUAGUGGCUCAUAACCAAACAAAGUGGUGGUUUGCUAAGCGCUUUCUACAUCCAGAUAUUGUGUCUACUUAUGACUACAUAUUUCUUUGGGAUGAAGAUUUGGGGGUGGAGCAUUUCAAUCCAGGAAGGUAUCUAGAAAUUGUGAAGUCAGAAGGUUUAGAGAUUUCUCAGCCAGCUUUAGACCCAAAUUCAACGGAAAUACACCACAGAAUCACUAUACGCUCUAGAAUGAAGAAGUUCCAUAGGAGAGUCUAUGAACUCAGAGGUAAAACGAGGUGUUCAAAUAUAAGCGAGGGGCCACCAUGCUCUGGGUUUGUGGAGGGAAUGGCUCCUGUGUUUUCGAGAGCUGCCUGGCGUUGCGCAUGGCAUCUCAUACAGAAUGAUCUUGUUCAUGGAUGGGGAAUGGAUAUGAAACUCGGGUACUGUGCACAAGGUGACCGCACGAAGAAUGUGGGGGUGAUUGAUAGAGAGUACAUUGUUCAUAAGGGCAUACAAACUUUGGGUGGGACUGGGGAGCUCACGAAGAAAACCAAAAAGAAACGUGGGACUUCCAGUGGGUCUUCAGGUUUAGAUACCCGAGCUGAGAUUCGCAGACAAUCGACUUGGGAACUUAAAAUCUUUAAAGAGCGAUGGAAUCAAGCAGUAACACAAGACAAGGAUUGGAUUGAUCCAUUUCCAAGACAACAAAGGCGGAGAAAACAUAAACGUCAAUCAAAAUUUGUAGACCUUUAUGACUAAUCACAGCUGGUUUAGGUUGGAUAUCCCCCUCAUGCACAGAUUCAAUAGUCAUCAAACAUCAACCAUACUUGUAUUUUAGGUUUCCUUUACCCUUUUUUGAAUGCUCAUAAUUAUAUAUAUAUCAUUAUUUUCAUUUUUCACAAAUGCCUUGAGUUUUGUCCGGUUCUUCACGUCUUCUUUUCUCUUUGUAAUUUAUACUUAGACAUGUAAUCCAAGAAACUAUAUUUCUCAAUUCAAUUCACGUGAUGCAAAAGGAAAAAAAAAUCUAAUUCGUGCAAGAAA